AUGGAGCCGGAGGAGCUGGGGGAAGCGGUGUGGGAGCCGCCGGGGGGAUCCCGGCUGGGCGGGUGGGGACUGCUGGGGCUGGCGGUGGCCAGCGCGGGGGCAGCCUGGGCCACCUGGGCCACCGUGCUGAUGCCAGGCUUCCGCCGGGUCCCGCUGCGGCUGCAGGUGCCCUUCCAGGCCUCCGGGCCACGGCAAGAGGCGAACGCCCUGGCGCUGCUGCGGGGCCGGCCCGGCAAGACAGUGGACCUGGGAUCGGGAGAUGGACGGCUCGUGAUAGAGGCCUACAAGCAAGGGCUGAGGCCUGCAGUUGGCUAUGAGCUCAACCCCUGGCUGCUGUGUCUCUCCCACUGCCAGGCCUGGAGGGCUGGGUGUCAUGGGCAGGUCUCCUUCCUCAGGAGAGACCUCUGGAAGGUGAACCUUUCUGAUUGCUACAACGUGAUCGUGUUCCUGGCCCCCAGCGUGAAACCUCCCCUAGCCAGGAAGCUGCUGGCAGAACUCCCUGAUGAAGCUCGGGUGGUGGCUGGACGCUUCCCCUUCCCCUCCUGGACCCCCAGCAGCAGCCUGGGGCAGGGGCUGGAGCAGGUCUGGGCCUAUGACAUGAAGGAGGUGAGGAGGGCAGUGCGGUGCAGCCCCCAGGGGAGCCCGGUCUGACCGCAGCUCCUCCAGCCUGCCACGGAGGGCUGGGGCUUCUCCAGGGCUCACAGGGAGAGGGCUCCUCAGCCAGGCUCCUCCUGGGCACCUGCAGGGAGGCACUCCCUUGGCUUGCCAAAGAGGGGCAAAGCAGAGCUGGAGGUGUCAGGGGGUUGAAGAGCUCCACCUACAGUGCCUCUUUCUGAAUGUUUGCUGCUUUAU